CGUCUGCAGGUGAAGAACUCUCUGACGUCCAAAGACCCCGACGUAAAGACGCAGUACCAGCAGAGAUGGCUGGCCAUCGACGCCAACGCUCGCCGCGAGAUCAAGAACUACGUUUUACAGACUCUGGGCACGGAGACGUACCGGCCCAGCUCGGCGUCGCAGUGCGUCGCCGGGAUCGCCUGCGCAGAGAUCCCAGUUAACCAGUGGCCCGAGCUGAUCCCGCAGCUGGUGGCCAACGUCACAGACCCCUCCAGCACCGAGCACAUGAAGGAGUCCACGCUGGAGGCCAUCGGAUACAUCUGCCAGGACAUCGACCCAGAGCAGCUGCAGGAAAACGCCAACCAGAUCCUGACAGCCAUCAUCCAGGGCAUGAGGAAGGAGGAGCCCAGUAACAACGUCAAACUGGCAGCGACCAACGCUCUGCUCAACUCCCUGGAGUUCACCAAAGCCAACUUCGACAAGGAGACGGAGAGACACUUCAUCAUGCAGGUCGUCUGUGAAGCUACACAGUGUCCCGACACCAGAGUGCGUGUGGCGGCCUUACAGAACCUGGUGAAGAUCAUGUCUCUGUAUUAUCAGUACAUGGAGACGUACAUGGGUCCCGCUCUGUUCGCGAUCACCAUCGAAGCGAUGAAGAGCGACAUCGAUGAGGUGGCCUUACAGGGUAUUGAGUUCUGGUCCAACGUGUGUGACGAGGAGAUGGACCUGGCCAUCGAGGCCUCAGAGGCCUCGGAGCAGGGGCGCCCCCCGGAGCACACGAGUAAGUUCUAUGCCAAAGGGGCUUUGCAGUACCUGGUCCCCAUCCUGACCCAGACCCUCACCAAACAGGACGAGAACGAUGAUGACGAUGACUGGAACCCCUGUAAGGCGGCGGGCGUGUGUCUGAUGCUGCUGGCUACCUGCUGCGAGGACGACGUGGUUCCUCACGUUCUGCCCUUCAUCAAAGAACACAUCAAACACCCCGACUGGCGCUACAGAGACGCCUCCGUCAUGGCCUUCGGAUCAAUCCUGGAAGGACCUGAACUCAACCAGCUCAAACCCCUCGUCAUACAGGCGAUGCCGACUCUGAUCGAGCUGAUGAAGGACCCCAGCGUGGUGGUGAGAGACACCACAGCGUGGACGGUGGGGAGGAUCUGCGAGCUGCUGCCUGAAGCUGCCAUCAACGAGGUCUACCUGGCCCCCCUGCUGCAGUGUCUGAUCGAGGGCCUGGGGGCCGAGCCCAGAGUGGCCUCCAACGUCUGCUGGGCUUUCUCCUCGCUGGCUGAAGCAGCUUACGAAGCCACAGACGCAGCCGAGGACCAGGAGGAGCCCAGCACCUACUGUCUGUCCUCAUCCUUCGAAAUCAUCGUCCAGAAACUCCUGGAGACCACAGACAGGCCUGACGGUCACCAGAACAACCUGCGCUCUGCUGCCUACGAGGCUCUGAUGGAGAUCGUGAAGAACAGCGCCAAAGACUGCUACCCUGCGGUCCAGAAGACCACUCUGGUGAUCAUGGAGAGGCUGCAGCAGGUCCUACAGAUGGAGUCUCACAUCCAGAGCACCUCAGACAGAAUCCAGUUCAACGACCUGCAGUCGCUGCUGUGUGCCACUCUACAGAAUGUCCUCCGUAAAGUUCAGCAUCAGGACGCCCUGCAGAUCUCGGACGUGGUGAUGGCGUCUCUGCUGAGGAUGUUCCAGAGCACCGCCGGCUCCGGAGGCGUUCAGGAGGACGCUCUGAUGGCCGUGUCCACGCUGGUCGAAGUUCUGGGCAGCGACUUCCAGAAAUACAUGGAUGCCUUCAAACCUUUCCUGGGUAUCGGACUGAAGAACUACGCUGAGUAUCAGGUGUGCCUGGCGGCGGUGGGUCUGGUGUGCGACCUGUGCAGAGCUCUGAUGUCCAACAUCCUGCCUUUCUGUGACGAGAUCAUGCAGCUGCUGCUGGAGAACCUCGGGAACGAGAACGUCCAUCGGUCGGUGAAGCCUCAGAUCCUCUCGGCGUUCGGCGACAUCGCUCUGGCCAUCGGAGGAGAGUUCAAGAAGUACCUGGACAUCGUCCUGGACACCCUGCAGCAGGCCUCUCAGGCACAGGUGGACAAGGUACACACAGAGAGAGAGAGAGAGGUCUCUCACCCCCGCUGUCUCACCCCCUGCAGCUUGAAUGUGAUGUUGGUUCAGCCUCGGGGCGGUUCAGUGACCGGCUGUGGCUACGGCGUUCGGGUAAAGACGUGGAUGAGCUGGUGUGAGGUUCUGUCCACACAUCAACGGACCUGUCUGGACCAGAGGGUCGGACGCUCGCAGAGUAGCCAGCCAAGACCGAAGAGGGCGGCUGCGCACCUGGCCCACGCAAAGGAGCUCGCGCAAGCUCAGAGAGCCGAGGCCUGGUCGAGAUCUCCUCACGUCUCUCGGGUCGCCACAGCACUCCAGAAAGCACUCCACACACAUCACGACACACACGACACACACACGACACAGCACCACAGCGACGGCUUCGAGACCAGGAGAUACGAGUGUAGUACGUGGAUCGAAGUAUCGUCCAUCGCACAGGACUACAUGGUGUAUGACUGUCAAAUGAUCGUCCAUGCCGGCUGUGUGAAGGUGACGGAGCAGUGCGUCCCGUUGCUGCGGCGCUGCACCUCCCUGCAGACGGUCGACCUGCGCUCCUGCUCUCUCCUCUCCUCCGAGACCGGACAGCUGCUCUCCUUCCCCUCCAACGGUGGCCUCUUAAGCCCCGCCUCCCACCUUGAUACACUACAGACAGGUGAGGAGGAGGAGGAGGAAGAGGAGGAGGGACCUGUGCAACAUUUCUCCUGA